AUGGAACAGAGCGCUCAGCAUCCAGAGCCAUGGAGGAGAUACCUCUUUGCCUGUGAGGUCUGCAACAAGGCUCUUACCCACUUAAGCUUCAAUAACGACGCUUUGCUUCCGUUCGCGAGCAGUUCGGCUGAGGAGCACCAGAGGAUCCCUAAGGAGGCUCUGCUAUCAGCCAAAGAACUGUCUAAGAUGGAUGACGCCGAGCUCGAGGAUCACCUCUCUGCUCAGAAAGGACCACUUCGAUGCAACGAAUGCUGGUUCCAAAGAAUGGGUCUAGACCAUAUGCCGUCAAGGUUCGAGUAUCUCCACCCGAGCUGCUGUAUGGAGUUUGACUACCCGCUGCCCCGGAUGAUGGCUAGCCAAGAACACGCCAGACUACCGACAGGUAGGAUUCGCUGUACCGGAUGUUACAAGUGGCAAGGCAGUGAUCGGUAUCGCUGGCCACGCAUUGGUGCCGGACACUGUGAUAUGUGCCCAGCCACCGGGCCUCCAAACUUCAUCAAGGUCGAAUGGCGAGAUCUUGGAAAGAAAAGCCACAAAAUCAAGGAACUACCGGAUGGACUUCGGGGUCACAUCCCGUGCAUAGAUUGGCACGAAGUCGUCAAUGCAGAACCGUCACUCAAGAAUUCAGACAAGGAGCGUUGUAAAGGAAUUUUCAGACAGUGGGAAGCAAGAGGUGAUCCUCUCCGUGUUUGGGCAGCUCUCUUUCACCUCCGUGAACAUUUUGGUGAGCAUAGAGGGGAGCUGGAGAAGUUGUUUAGUAUCAUGGUGGGACAGGGCAUCACAUUCAGCACCAGAAGCUACUACCAUUCCCGGCUCCAACAUGUUCUGAGCUCCUUGAAGACAGAUGCUUCAAACGAAGCGGCGAACUGGGUCUUUAGCGGGGAGUGGGAACGGAAGUGGCAGGUGUUCUCCCGUGUCAUGGCACGGCAUUUCGAUAAGUUCACGGGAGUUAGCCAGCGAGAAUAG